AUGAAACGAGUCUUUGCCUUGCUUGGAGCGGCUAUCCCCGUUCUCCAGGUGGUUGGGAGCCCGCCUGUUAAAGUCGGACUGAGGUCAUCGUGGCCUGCCCCGCCAUUUCUAGCAGAGAUUCUAGAGACAGUAUCAUUAGAGAACCCAGAUGCAUUCUUUACAUAUUUGGACCGUCUCACCGACCCCGAAUUAUUGCGGUUACCCAAUAGCCUGAAACCUGAGGCCAUUCAUCAAGCUGCACUCCAGAUAGCCAUUGACAAUGGAAUUCUGCACGAGGAAGGCUCCCUGUCGCUAGUUGAAAUGAAUCUAGCCAUGCACGCUGCGACACCGAAGCUGGAGGCUUUCUAUAACUACUAUGCUGACAACCACAAUCGCAGUCCCGGAACACAGUGCGGGUCAUGGGUAGACUGGUAUGGCGAGGUUAUAUGCGAUGUUGAGACCUUGGCGCAACUUGCUGGAGUUGAAGCUAUUGAUCCUCCUCGAGAUCCCAAGACAGACACGUUCCAACCUAAACCCAAAAUUCUCACUUUUGAUCAUAUCUACCCUCCUCCAGAUCUUAUUCUAGAGAGGCCUCCUCGGACUGCCAUUUUGUACGCGUCAUUAACCUCACCCAACUUCCGUGAGCUGCACACAUACCUAUUGAAGCUAACAAAUCGACUGGACCCUCAUGUGGAAUACGUAUUCCGACAUAUACCCCCCACUUCUCAGUCAGAGGAGAAGACGUACUUAUCAGGGUAUGGUGUAGGACUUGACUUGAAGAAGAUGGACUACCUUGCGCUUGAUGAUCGAACCAAUUCAGCAGCAAGCAAUGCAGAGUCAAAAUCUGACAUCAGCAGCGAUACUCAAAGAGUGGACCCUGUGAUGCCUCUGAUUUUGGCGCACCCUGAAAACGUCACCGCUCCUGGCGCGGACGUUCCAUUGUCAGAGGAAGAACUUGAAGGCCUUGGCGCAAAAGCAGCCCAAAUUAUCUCAGAAUCCCUCGACCCGCUCGAAACUCUCACUCACCUCUCCCAAAACUUUCCAAAAUAUGCCACUUCUCUAGCUCGCAGGGUAGUUGUGAACGAGAGCAUUGCUGAAGAACUGCACAACAAUUCUCUCAAAGCUCAGCGCGGCAUCAACGCUCUUUGGUUUAAUGGUUUGCAAAUAGAACCAAAAGAUGUCAAUCCAUUUGGUCUCAUCCGGACUGUCAGGAAGGAGAGGAACGUCAUGAAAUCCCUGACCUCGUUAGGUCUCGAGCGAUCAGAGGCGUUGCAGUUGCUAACUCAUUCAGCCAUUGCUAUAGCACAAAAGGACAGCGCUUCAAUGGAAGCCAUCUUCGAUGCGAGCGAUCGACCUGAAGGAGGUGAUGUCAUUGUCUGGUGGAACGACAUGGAAAAAGACAGCCGAUACGCAAAAUGGAACCCAUCACUCUAUGCACUCCUCCGUCCCAUGUACCCCGGUUCUCUGCCCAGUAUCAAAGCCAACUUGUUCAACAUUGUUCUGAUCCUCGACCUAUCUCAAACAACGAGCCUGAAUUUCCUCGCUGGUGGCGUCACCAAUAUCAUCAACCGCGAUAUUCCUUUAAGAUUCGGCCUAGUUCCUUUGGUUGAGACUGAAGACGGAAAGAAGAUGGCUAGGCUUUUCUAUCAUCUCGUUAAGAAUUACGGACGUAGAAAGACCCUCCAAUUCAUACACUCGAUAUCGCAAAUUCGACUGCCAGCUCACCUCCAGACAGCCGAUCUUGAUUGGACGACUGUCGGCGCCGCUUACGACGAACUAGUAGCGCGCGAGCAUGAAGAGAACCCUGACGUCGUAACCCCAUCUCUGGAUGCAAUUUUCAACGGCGAGGUGGAUGUUGACGAUUCACGCCUCGAUAAAAUUAAUGCGUAUUCCGAACGUUUGGCAUCAACUUUAGCCUCAUCAGAAACUGGACAUGCAUUCUUCAAUGGGAAGCACUUCGAUGUAAAUGAGAACUUUAUGCGCCAACUUCAAGGCGAAGUUGCGAUGCAAAUGGCAUACCUUCAGGAGAAGGUGUAUGCAGGUGUCUUGGCUGACGACGCUGAACGCGAAACAAUGAGCAACUACUUCUACGACCUUCCGACUACCAGCAAGCGGCGUAACAAGUACAUUUACCCUGCGGCGGGGUCGAAGUCUGUUCAUAUUGUUAACCUCCCUGAGGUAUUUGCAAAGUCGCGUUUCCGGCUUUCUUCAUCGGCGUAUCUUUAUCCUCCCGCCGAUGCCCAGUCUAUCUCUGAAAGUCUUUACGUUGUUGCUGAUUUCGACACGGAGGACGGUCUCGCCCUGGUGAAAGAUGCUGUAUCGUCUUUGAACGAGGAAAGCAAAACUCGAAUCUCUUUCAUUCAUAACCCAUCCUUUGUCAAAUCUCCUGACAAUGCAUCCAGAUCACCCGCAACCUGGCUCUUUGCCCACCUUCACACCCGCGAGCUGCUCGCCAAAGCUUCGCCAGAAUCUCUUUUAACUGCUCUUGGCUUCGAUGGACUUUCUAUUCCCACAGAGGGGACCCAGAUCCCGAUUAAGAAGUACAAUGCCUUCGAAGAACUGACUGGCGGUGUUUCUUUGGGCAGCAUUAUGGAGGAGGAGUACAUUGACUAUGUGAAAACUAGCCGGCUUGUGUCAAGGGAGCUGCAUCUUUUGCCUGGGCAGUCAGCAUUGGUGGUUAAUGGCCGUGUUGUUGGUCCCAUUGCUGCUAACGAUUUCCAUGUCGCGGAUUUCAAGACCUUGGAAGACCAUGAAUUCAGGGGACGCACUGAGCCUGUUGUGAAGGCUCUGCAAGACGUGGUUCCACAGCUGUCUGAAGAUAGAAACAAAUUUGCAAACGUCGUGUCUUUGGCUUCUUCGGUAAUCGCAGCGACGCAACAACCUGAUCCAAGUGAGGCUGGUCUAUUUGAUAAACCACUUAUAGUUAGACAGCGAGGCUAUCAGCUGCUGGACUCAGAAUAUACAUCGUUUCAAUAUGGCGACAAUUCGACGGCGCUACAUCAUGUAGCAGUGCUUGUCGAUCCUUUGAGCGAAACAGGUCAAAGGUGGUCUAGUCUUGUCAAGUGGUUGUCGAAUAUCCCAGACAUAUUUAUUUCAAUCCAUCUCAAUCCUGCUGGAUAUAAAGAUGUUCCAUUGAAGAGGUUUUAUCGCUACAAUCUUAUCCCUCAACUUUCUUUCGACGAAGAGGGGCGCGAAGUUGCCUCCCAGGCUAUCUUUGAGGAUAUACCUGUGGAUCCUAUAUACACUCUCGCCAUGGAUGUCCCUACAGCCUGGCUUGUCCGACCGCGCGAGGCUCUCUACGACCUCGACAACAUCCAGCUUGGCAAACUUUACCCAGGCGAUACAGCCGUUGAAGCGGUCUUCGCUCUCGACUAUAUCGUCAUCGAAGGCCACGCGCGCGAAGUUGCCAAUCAAGUGCCACGUGGUGUGCAGCUGCAGCUCGCCGCAGGUGAUGGGGUCCCUGUAGACGACACACAGGUCGUCGCUAAUCUAGGGUACUUCCAAUUCAAGGCCAAACCAGGUGUUUUCAAGUUGGAGAUCAGAGAGGGUAGAGGGCGCAAGAUUUUCAACCUUGAUAGUGCUGGCAAUGAGGGUUGGGAUAGUCCGACUGUGGAAGAAGCUGGUGCAGAAAUUACAGUGACGAGUUUCGAGGGCUUAACGCUGUAUCCUCGGUUGUCGAGAAAUCCUGGUAUGGAACUGGCAGAAGUACUGCAAGAAGAGGAAAAGGAUGAUGAGCCGAAGGGGAUCUUUGAGGAUAUUUCAUCUCGGGUCAUGUCUAUCUUCAAAUCAUCUCCGAAGAAAGAACUUUCGACCGAGGUUGCGACUGUGAAACCUCAGGCAGAUAUCAAUAUCUUUACUGUCGCAUCUGGUCUCCUUUACGAGCGCUUCGUCGGCAUUAUGAUUCUCAGUGUACUCCGUAACACCAACAGUACAGUCAAAUUUUGGUUCAUCGAGAACUUCCUCUCCCCUUCAUUCCUGGAAUUUAUACCCCACAUGGCCGAGAGGUAUAACUUCCAAUACGAGCUCGUCACAUACAAGUGGCCAUCAUGGCUUCGUGCUCAGACGGAGAAGCAGCGUAUCAUUUGGGCGUACAAGAUUCUCUUCCUCGACGUCCUAUUCCCCAUGGACUUAAAGAAGGUUAUCUUCGUGGACGCUGACCAGAUCGUCCGCGCUGAUCUCAAGGAGUUGGUCGACCUUGACCUUCAUGGCGCACCGUAUGGCUACACACCAAUGGGUGACGACAACACAGAGAUGGAAGGUUUCCGUUUCUGGAAAACGGGAUACUGGAAGGAGUUCUUGCAGGGCAAACCUUACCACAUCAGUGCUCUGUAUGUCAUCGACCUCGUCCGGUUCAGACAGGCGAGUUCUCAUUUUUCGACCAUAACAUUUCAACCUCUCAUACUGUCGUUUUUUGAUUUAGAUAUUCUCCGGGGCUCAUACCACUCGCUUUCUGCGGAUCCUAACUCGCUUGCUAACUUGGACCAAGACUUACCUAAUAAUCUUCAGGCCCAGGUUCCGAUUUAUUCGUUGAGUGAAGAUUGGCUAUGGUGUGAAACGUGGUGCAGCAAAGAUCGCCUGCACAGAGCUAAAACUAUUGAUCUGUGCCAAAAUCCCAUGACUAAAGAACCGAAGCUCGCGCGUGCGCGUCAAAUUCCAGAGUGGGACGAGUACGAUACGGAGAUUGCACGCUUUACACGAGAGCUGGCCGAAGCUGGUAAAUUACAUUCAAGAAUUGCUACUGCCGACGCGAAUGUUCUGGCUGGCGGUGGUGCCGACGGCAAGAAAGAUGCCAGCGCCGAGGUCGUUGAAGAGGAAAUCAAAGACGAGUCACAUGCGGAGGAGCCUACGCGGGACGAGCUUUGA